GCUCCGGAAGCUUGCACCGUGCCUCCUGCCUGGACUGCCAUCGCAGACUACGUCUUCUAUGGCAUCUACGUGGUGGAGCUGUUGCUCCGCGUUGGCGUUUAUGGCGUCCUAGUCUUCAAGUCUGGAUGGGUCAAGUUUGACUGUUUCUUGGUGGUCACGGCAUCUUGCGACAUGAUCAUCAAGGCGGUUGAUUCAACUGCCGUCUUGGACGAGUUCAACAUCUUCAUGCUGGUGCGCAUGUUGCGCUUAGCACGGCUAGCUCGGGCGGUGCGCUUGAUGGUCCAGUUCAAAACGCUUUGGCAGCUGGUCCAGGGUCUCUGGCAUAGUAAGGGGACGCUGCUGUGGACGUUCUUGCUCAUCAGCAUUCUCAUGUAUGUCGGUGCUGUCAUGGGCAUGGAGUUGAUACGACUGGAUCCCGAUCUCGAGCUGGACCACCCUUUCAACAUCGCGGCAGGAAACCAUUUCAGGGACUUUUUCGAUGCCGUUCUGACGCUGCUACAAGUUUUCAGUCUUGACAGUAUCGGAAUCAUUUACAAGCCUUUGAUCAAGCAUCAGUUCUAUCUGCUGCUUUACUUCAUGUCUUUCCUGCUCUUGCUGUCCAUCGCGCUGAUGAACUUGGUGACGGCGGUGAUGGUGAACUCGUCCUUGGACCAGGCCACGCAGGACCCGGCUUUCGGGGAUAAGCGUGAGCUGCUGGUCCUACCGGCAGAGCUGCUCUUUGACGCCAAGGCACUGCCACUUACGGAUCAGAACUUGCGACAGGGCGCUGCCGCAUCUCUCUUCCGCUCCUGUGACGCAGCCUUCGGCUUCCUCCUAGGGGCUGGAUCAGACGGCCAGGACUUGCGAAUUCUGGGUGCCUGGCUCAGGGCCGUGCGAAAGGCACAGCUCUGGCUGCCCACUGGCGAUGUGGCUGCGCCCUUGCGGUGCCUGGCACAGUACUUGGAGCCACUCUGCAGCGCCGCAUUGAUGGCAAAAGCCGAAGCGUCCGAGGUGGCACAGCAGCUCGCGAAGUGGCGCGGUGCCCCGAAGGAGGCUGCGGCCCUCCUGGGUCCACUCUGUAGCAGCCUCUUCCAAGGGGACAGCUCCAUGGAGGCAGAGCUUCGAGAGGACUCCUUGAAAAGUUGGCUCCUGCCUCUGCUGGUGGACCUGGCAGAAGACUUUUGGCCGAGAGCUGCGGUUGGCGAGCUCGACCUGGACUGGGAGCUCAUCGCUAGACAGGCUUUUGCCCUGCUCGGCGAAGCCGCGCAGACUUGGGAUGGGACUCAUUCUGUGGAGGAGUUUGACGAUGUCGAGACCACCAUCUCUGUCUGGCAGGCUUUUGCGGAAACACUGCAUGCAGCAGUGCGAGCAGCAGACACCUUCAGCCUUCACGAUGCUGGGCAGGCGGCUGCCUUCCAGCCUCCCCCCGAGAAGCGGAGCCGCCGAGCCAACGACCGCUGGCAGCUCUCCCGACACCACUUGGCCCAAGCCACCAGCAUCAGUUCCCUUUUCUCACUCUUGCUCCAAACUUUGCUGGAUUGCAUGCGGCUUCCGGAAUUCCCGGAAGAUGAGGAGGCUUUGGGGAUGCUCCAAAGGGCCCGGCAUGAGGUGGAAGCAGCCUUAAAGCCCUGGGCGGCGCUUUUGACGAACUCAGAGACCUGGAUCGCAGAGCUCUGGGAGCCCUUGAGGCGAGUGGAGGAGCUGCUCUCCGGAGUGAAGGAGGAGGAAGGUGACUUCCUGACCUUCCAGGUGGCCCGGGACAUCGAGGUGGUGAUCUGGUUCUUCGGGGCCUUCUGCGCCAGCCUCCCCGAGGGCCAGCCGAGCCACGCUGCUGCCGAAGCCGCCUCACGAGCGAUCUCCAGCAUCGCUCCUCAGCUGGCGCACUUGGAUGCUGCAUUGCCCCCUUGGCGUGCGUU